AGAUGGAAUUGUUUAACUUUUAUGUACAAUGCUGCCGAAUGGUUUUAUUUUGUACCAGUAAAAUGGUACAAAAUGGCUCCGACUUUGCUGGAAAAGCUGUUUAAUAAAAGGACAAAUGUGGCGUCGCCUUCGAAAAGUUCCAAGGAGCGUCCAGGGUUUAGCUGGACACCUGUGGAGUUUGAAGCAAACCAAAUUCGACUGAUUGUUUACCAGGAUUGUGAGAGGAGAGGCAGACAUGUUCUGUUUGAUUCUAAAGCGGUGCGUAAAGUUGAAGGUGCCUCAGUUCAGAAGAGUUCAGAUGGUCUGUCCACGUUGCAAGGGAAAUGCCACCACACAGUUAGCAAUAGAACCUGCACCCAAAAUCUCUCCUCUUCCUUUGCUCUUAAAGAGCAACUGCCUAGAUAUCAGUAUUCUCGUCCUGUUUCUGAUGUCAACAUGCUUGGGGAGAUGAUGUUUGGCUCUGUUGCAAUGAGUUACAAAGGCUCUACUUUGAAAAUACAUCACAUACGCUCUCCCCCUCAGCUAAUGAUCAGUAAAGUGUUCUCCGCCAGAAUGGGCAGUGUUGGUGGAAGCUCAAAUAUGCUACAAGAUAGUUUUGAAUGCAUCAGCCAAGAAAAUACCCUUGGAAAGCCUUGUCCUAGUCAGGAUGGCAUCAGUAACACUCACAUUGCUAGUAACUUGGCUCAUAGUACACCUGUGGAUAUGCCGAGCCGAGGUCAAAAUGAAGAUGGAGAUAGUGGAAUAGCACGGUCAGCAUCCCUCAGUAGUCUGUUAAUUACACCAUACCCUUCUCCAAAUUCCUCCUAUUCCAGUAGCUGUGCCAGUAGUUUCCAGCGACGCUGGAGACGCAAUCAGACUACCAGUCUUGAAAAUGGCAUUUUUCCAAGGUGGUCAGCUGAGGAGACUUUCAGUAUGGCAGAUGAAAGCUAUGCUUCGAACCCUCAGAUGGUCCGGAGGAAGAAGAUUGCUGUUAGUGUUGUUUUCUCUCUGCCAGAGAAGGAAGAGGAAAACAGGACUUUCCAGGAGUUCUUCUUUUCACAUUUUCCCCUCUUUGAGACUCAUCUAAACAAACUAAAGAGUGCCAUUGAGCAGGCAAUGAUUUCUUGCAGAAAGAUUGCAGAAUCUAAUCAGAGAGUGCAGAUUUACAUCAGCCAGGUAAUGGACAGCCUGGGAGAAUUCAGGGCCACUGUAUACAAGCUUUACACAGUCCCAAGGAUCUCCGAACCUGCAUGGCUUACAAUGAUGUUCAAUGCAUCAGAGAAGAACCGGCUAUGCCGCUGCUUUAUCAGAGAUUUCACCUUGCUAAUCGAGCAUAUGUCAAAGAAUCAAUUCUUUUCAGCAUUGCUAACAGCUGUGCUCACGUAUCACCUAGCCUGGGUUCCCACAGUUAUGCCGAAUGACCACCCUCCUAUAAAGGCAUUUCAUGAGAAACGUGCAUCCCAGAGUGUGAACCUUUUGGGCAAAUCACAUCCGUACAAUCCUCUCUGGGCACAACUUGGUGAUUUGUAUGGAGCUAUUGGCUCUCCAGUGAGGCUCGCCAGGACUGUUGUGGUUGGCAAACGUAAAGAACUAGUUGAGCGCCUACUUUUUGUCCUUAGCUACUUUAUACGGUGCUCAGAUCUUCAAGAAAACCAGCUAAUAUGCAAAGGGAAGCCCUCAGAAGGUGAGAAUAUCCAAGCAGGAACCACGAUCUCCACUGCACUCGAGAAGGGAGAAGUGGAAGAAUCAGAAUAUGUAGUGGUCAGUGUUCAUAAGGAUGAUCCUACUGUGGUGACUCCACUUCGAUCUUCGACCAAUGUUGAGAAAGAAAAUAUGAUGGUUGUAGAUAAAUCAAUACAAGUAGAUAUAAAAUCCAAAGCAGUUAGUAAGACUCAAUCUGAUAGCUAUGAAAAGUAUACUUCUGGACAGUGCGACGAAGCACCUUCAGUUGUGAAUGGAGCCCAAUUUGACACUGCUAACACGUGUGCAGAAGUCACAAUGAUUCAAGAAAACACAAAAGAGACAAUAACGACCGUGAAAGAGUCUGUACUGUGUGAUACAGAGACACAAAUGCGUAGGCAUGAGGCAUUUGGAUUAACUGAUGGACUGACUUGUUCUGCAUCACCAACUGCAGCAAAGCUGACAAUCAGUCCUCCAGUGAAGAUAUCUCGAGCUGCUUCUGUCCGAUCUGGAAUGAAGUGUCCAGACAGGUUUCCUCAAAAGAGCCCACACCUGCAGGAUAGAGUGCUGUUUCAGAUUGGGUGUUCACUAUCACCUGACUCUGAUAUUGAAACUAGAAGGAAGGAAAUGGAAGAGCAAUUGGAACACCUCAGGGACCACAAAGGUGGAAAAAAUAGCGGUAAUCAUGUACAAAAAGACAUCAACAUGUCAAAAACAGACCGAGUAGAUCAACCUGCUGAGGACCAACCAGAGAUGGCUGACGCUUUAGGAAGAAUGCAGGCAAAGCAGGACCAUUAUUGUGAGAGAAUUCCUUUCUCUGAAGGAAGCACAAGUAUCUCUGAACAUUUCACGGAGGACAGUGGCCCUGCAGCAAGCAACAUACCUGAGCUAUCUAACCAGGUUUGUGGUAUCUCCAUUGCAAAGGAAACUGUCAUAUCAUUUGUAUGCUCAAAUGGAGGAAACACCACCAGCAACACCACAACCCAGCAACACCGAACUUCAUGCUGUGAUGAUUUGAAAGUGCCUCCACGUGAAUUGGUUGGUGCUAAUUCUGGCAAACAGGAUUAUGGGGACAAUGCCUCUACUGUCAUGCCAUGUCGGAAGGAUGGUGACUCUGAGAAGGACAUUACCUUGAGGAUAGAUGGUGACAUUCCCAGGAAUGAAAGUUCUGACAGUGCUCUUGGAGACAGUGAUGAUGAGGAUGUAACCCAUGAUUCAUCUACACAAGGACUGGAGUGUUUUAAUGAGAGACAAGGUACCAUGGAAGAGCUUGAACUUUCAACACCAAGCAUCAAAACGAGCAGCAGACCAAGUAUCAGUAACUUUGGAAAAUCUUUGUUUGGUGGCUACUGUUCUCAAUAUGUCCCAGACUUAGUCUUACAUGGAACUUGCUCUGACGAGAAGCUGAAGCAGUGUUUAAUGGCGGAUUUAGCACAUGCUGUGCAGCACCCUGUUUUGGAUGAGCCUGUUGCAGAAUCUGUCUGUAUUAUUGCAGACACCGAUAAGUGUUCAGUGCAAGUGGCUACAAACCAAAAGAAAAUGAUGGAUAGCAAGUUGGGCAAAGAGGUGUUGGUCUCUAACCUGGUUUCCUCCUUGCUCCAAUCCAUUCUCCAGCUUUACAAACUAAAGCUCCCACCUGAUUAUUGCUUAACCCAUCUUGAGGACAGACUACAAGAGCUGUAUUUUAAAAGCAAGAUGCUGUCCGAAUACCUGAAAGGCCACACCAGAGUGCAUGUAAAAGAAUUGGGAGUGGUGCUGGGGAUUGAAUCAAGUGACUUGCCUCUGUUGGCUGCUGUAGCAAGUACUCAUUCUCCAUAUGUUGCCCAGAUAUUGUUAUAAGCUAAACACUCAGAACAGCCUUUGUCGUAAAGACUUAAAAAUCAAGCUGUGAGCAUUGGACAGCACUGAGUUGGUAACCUUCAAGCACAUUGGUUGCAAGUAGCAUGCAUAAUGAUGACCGGUUUGUGCAUUCAGUAAUCUUUUUAUAAUGUAGAUGUUCUGUCAUUUUUCAGAAGUUAUCUGAUAUACAUGUUGAUAUACCAAUGAGAAAUCUUAAGUGUCUGAUAUUUUUAACAGAACUUAAUGAAGUCUAUCAAAUUCUUCAAACACUAUAUAAAAAGUGAUUUACAACUAAAGCAUCUAUUUUAGAAGAAACAGACCAGACUCCCAUGUCAUCUUGAAUGUUUGCUUCUGUGGUGUUUUGACUUCUGAGUCACUUCAUCUGUUGCCUUAACUGAUACAUAAUUGAGUAUUACAAAACAAAGCAUUCCUAUUCAGAAGAAUAUGAAAUUGCAUCGAUGGAUUUUACAUUUUUUUUUAAUUGCGGGAUACUAGACAAUCCUGCACAAAGCACAGCAAAAAAAAAAAUCAGAUUUAGCAGUUUACUUUAUACAUUGGUUUGACAAUUUGAAUCUAGUUGUCUAGUCAUCUUUAAAGGGACAAAGUAGGCAGAAUUUUAUAUUUUUAAAAACUUCUAUGGAGUAUCUUAAGUGUUUACAAUGAUUUCUGAAUUUAUGCAAGGUAGCAUUUUUCUGUUAAACCGCAUACAAUACAUGGAAUGAUGGGGCUAGUCUUGAGACAUCAACUUUGCACAAAAAUAAACACUGCCCUUUUUGUAUUUAAUUAAUAACCUAAUUAGAUAUCACCAACAGGGUCAUGCCAAAUAAUUGCCAGACUGAGUUUAAUGGAGAAUUCUAAAAUGUGGAAUGAUAGAAGUACAGAAAAUUGGGAGUGGAGUAUGCUAUAUUUAGGUUGUAUAAAUGUGUAUGGUACAAUCUCAGCUAAUAACUGUAGGUUUAUGAUAAAACAGACUCUAUAAUGACAGUAAUGCAUUUUAAAAACCUGCUAGGAAAUGUUCUAAUUAAAAGCUACAAAUAAUUCAGUUGAUAACUAUCCCAAAAUGUGCUGCAUCUUCGCCCAGUGGUUGGGACAAAAAAUUUUUUUAAAUAUUAUACUGCAGCUAAUAGUAUUUCCUGUGGAACCGGAUAGUCAGCUCAGUGAUGAGUCACCUUUCUGAACCAGUGCACAGAACACCUUGGAAAUGAUCUUUCCACUGUUGAUUUCAGUGCAAGACAGAAGAGUUUCCUAUCUGGUACAUAAGUUGACUUUGGUUGAAGAAAUUUCAUGAAUAGUUUUACUGUUCCUUUUCCUUCAUAUAGCCUUUGCUUCACAAAAAUUCAUCUAAGGUUAAUACUAUACAUAUGAUCUACUUGCAAAUAUGACAAAACUGUUUUGCUUUCGUUUUCACUUUUUAAUGCUGAACAAGCUGGGCAAGGUUUCUGUUAAUAAAGAAUUUGAAUUUAGGUAUGUAGGUGAUUGCCACAUAACUAGAAAAAAAUCAUGUUUUAU